AGAGAGAGAGAGAGAGAGAGAGUAGUGCAGGAGCACAGUGUGAUUGCGGGCAUGGAACGGGUGGAUGGCCGCACACUUGCGCCUGCCUCCCUCAUCCAUCCGCAUCUCUCCCCUCUCUCUCUCUCCCCCCUAGCAAUCAACCCUAGUCUUAGCUUGGCUGACUCCUCCUACCUGGUUGGCAUAGCUUAUUAGCCUCUUCCUUCAGCCCCACUCUACCAGCUCCCGGCACAGCUCGUCGGCCGGUUGCUCCGAUAGCUCAGCUCAGUCGAUCAGCUACGCCUACCUCGGUUCUUGCUCACAAUAGCCGCCUCCAUGGUUCCACAUCAGCGAGCCUAGCAAGUUGCUGUACUUCUACUACUAGUCCCCGGCCUCAGGACUCAAGGAGAGAGGCGUCCCCACCGCGGCUGGGCGUGGGUAGUGCAACUGCUGCGAAUCUGCAAGUACCACCACCGCAUGCAGCAGCUGCCGUCAGGCCAGGCUCACAUGAUCGGAUCGCCCGCCCGCGAGAUCUGAUCCGUGUGUGUGUGUGUGUGUGUGUGUGGAGCUGAUCAGGAAUUCGGCGGCGGCUAGCUGGUUGGUUGGUUGAUCGAUCGAGGGGAGAGAAGAGAGGAUCGAGAUGAUGCUCAAGGAUUUCGCGGCAAUUCAGCAGCAGCAGCAGCAGCAGCUGGCCCUGGCCGCCGACGAGAACAUGUCGAACCUCACCUCCGCCUCCGGCGACCAGACCAGCGUCUCCUCCCACCCCCUCCCGCCUCCUUCCAAGAAGAAGCGCAGCCUCCCGGGAAAUCCAGACCCUGACGCGGAGGUGAUCGCGCUGUCGCCGCGGGCGCUCAUGGCGACGAACCGCUACGUGUGCGAGAUCUGCGGCAAGGGGUUCCAGCGGGACCAGAACCUGCAGCUGCACCGGCGCGGCCACAACCUCCCCUGGAAGCUCAAGCAGCGGAACCCCAACGAGGUGGUGCGCAAGAAGGUGUACGUGUGCCCGGAGCCGGGCUGCGUCCACCACGACCGCUCCCGCGCGCUCGGCGACCUCACCGGCAUCAAGAAGCACUUCAGCCGCAAGCACGGCGAGAAGAAGUGGAAGUGCGACAAGUGCGCCAAGCGCUACGCCGUGCAGUCCGACUGGAAGGCCCACUCCAAGGUCUGCGGCACCCGCGAGUACCGAUGCGACUGCGGCACGCUCUUCUCAAGGCGGGACAGCUUCAUCACGCACAGGGCCUUCUGCGACGCGCUGGCGGAGGAGAGCGCGAGAGCGGUGGCCGUGGCCGUGGAGGAGCAGCAGCAUCCGGGGAUGCUCUACUCGCACGGCGGCGGCGGCGCGGGGUUCCAGAUGCCGGCCGUGAUGGACCCGUCGAGCUCGCUGGGUGGCGGCCACGGGCUGAUCCAAGAACUGUGCCUCAAGAGGGAGCGGGAGCAGCAACAGCAGCAGCAGCAGUUCGCGCAGCCGUGGCUAUCGGAGCAGCAGCAGCUGGAGAUGGCCGGCGAGGGCGCCCAGGCCAUGUUCGGGACGGCCAGGAUGGAACAGGAGUUCAACGCGAGCUCCACGCCGGAGAGCAGCACGCAGCCUGUGGGCAUGAGCUUCGCGUCAUUUCCCUCGUCGUCUGCGGCCCCGUCAGCGGCCGGGGCGACGGCCUCGUCGCACAUGUCGGCCACCGCGCUGCUCCAGAAGGCGGCGCAGAUGGGUGCAACGCUGAGCCGGCCGUCGGGCCAAGGCCAGAUGGCGGCGAGCACCUUCAGCAGCAGCAGCAGCAGCGCCGCCAUCACCAACGUCACCAACAAUGCACCUGCUGCCGCUACUAGUAGCAGCGCGGCGACGAGCACCGCCGUCGGCGUGGGAUUCGGGCACGCGUUCGAGGCGCCGGCUCAGUUCGGAGUGGACCAGAGACCCACUGCCAGUCGUAACGCCGGCAAUGCCGGCGCCAGCGGCGGAGGUAGAGGCAAUGCCGGAGGCGCAAACGACGGCCUCACGAGGGACUUCCUGGGUCUGCGGGCCUUCUCCCACGGCGACAUACUCAGCAUGGCAGGCUUCGAUCCCUGCAUGCCCACGUCGGCCUCGGCGAGGGCGGCGUACGAUCAGCAAGGGCCCCAGAGCAGCAACCCAUGGCAUGGCUAGUAAUCAACCUCGCAAUCAGCUGGCUAAGCUCACCAUUGAUGAACCCAACCAUAUCCAAGUUGAUGAUUUGAUGCGGCAUGCAAUGGACUAAAACAUCAUCAAGCGUCCGGCAUUGCUCGAUCAUAAUACUACUUCAAGGUUAAUCACACUGAUCAGUAAGUUGGAUUCAGCCUUCAGGUCGAUAAAGCAAAAUCAACUUCUUUAAUUUUGCUUGCUACUCAAUUUGUCCUUUUUUGGGGGGAGGAAUGGGCUCUUCAGUUCACUUGCUAUAUAUAUGGAACAUGCAAAUAAAUUCUUGUUCAUGCUAUAUAUCAUAAUUAAUCCAUGUUCUUGUUGUAAUAAUAAAGGAGAUGAUUUAGCCCUUCUUUC